CAAAAAGCACAUUAUUUGAGGGGGAUAUUGCCGGCAUCGACGCAGAUUCCGUAACAAGCGGUUAGCAAAUGGCUCUGGAUGUCGUAACUGACAGCGAGCUGCUCUGGCCGGAUAGGCGAGUACCUUUCGUAAUCAGUCCAAAUUUUGGUCUUACAGAACAAAUUAUGAUUCUGAAUGCCAUGCAGAAUCUGUCCACAGAAGCCGGCAGCGAUUGCAUCAGAUUCACCGGUCGCACCGAUGCAGAUGGGGAUGAUCCCUUUAUUCACUUCGUUCGUGGCGUUCAAUGCAGUUCCCACAUCGGGCGUCAAACCGAGGCUGACCAGAAGAUUGAGCUAUCGGCCUCAUGUCUGGCGGAAAUCGGCAUCGUUCAACACGAGAUUAUGCAUUCUUUGGGCUUCUUUCACGAGAUGUCGAGAAGCGACCGCGAUGACUAUGUCACCAUCAUCUGGAGCAAUGUAGACAGAUUUAGCAGGGAACAAUUUGGCAAAUAUCGUGAUCUCCAUUAA